CAAAGAACGGUAACACUUAUUUCAAUUGCGCGACUUUUUGUUUGUGUUUUUACAAACAUAAUUUAGUUUUUUUUAAUAAUAUUGGCACAAUAUCUUAUCAUGGAUUUUGAUAGCAGUACUUACGAUCAGAAGUAUUUUAACUUCACAUCGACACAGCUUUCAGCGGAGCGAGAGCAUAUUGUGCAGGGCAUCAUUAAAAAAGGAAUUGGACAGAUCAUAGAUAAAAUAAAGACCCCAGCAACAUCGGAUUUAUUGGAGGCCCAGAAAGAAACCGUUGAAAAUCGUUUUAAUGCAUCCGCGUCCAAGGGUUUGAAAGCCCUGAGAGAACUGGACAGCAAGGUGUUCCACGUUCCAUCACAUGUACUGCAUCCGGAACACGUAUUCUUCGAAAAUCAAUUCACCAGCGAGGAGGAAGAGCAGAAGACAGCCAAACUAGAGGAGCUUAAGAGUAGAUAUCGAGAGAACAUGGCUAUGCUGGCCCAUCUAAAAAUUGAGGAGGAGAAAUACACUGCCAUGGAGGAUCUCAUCCAGAAAGAGGUUGAAAUGCACGCUCGUGUCCAAAGGAGUUGCGCCUCCCUCAAUGUGAGCAAGCUAAAACAGUAUUGCGCCAAAGUUCCCGGUCAUCUAAUAACGUCCGAAAAAGACACAAAUAAUACAAAAUAAGUUAUAAUUUUCUGCUCAUUUUAAAAUAGAUUUAAAUUGCAAAUUUAAAAUGUCUACACUUUUAAAACUUAUUGGCUUUUGCCACAUCUGUUGUUUAAUACAUUUUAAAUUAAAACUAUCAUGAAAUUAAAAUUAUUAUAUAUUAAAAAAAUAA